AUGUCCAUGCUAGUACGUCCGCCGAAACGAAAGCUCCACGAGGUUGAGAUACUGGGUGAUAGACCUCGAAAGUACAGCUCAAGUGCUGUGACCUCUUCCACUGUUCCCCUAUCAUCCCAGCCUCACUAUCGCCAAUCAGGUGAACACAGAGAGGGACCAGAUGAUUCGCACUCGCUGCAAUCGUCGCUGCGGGAACCACAUUCAAAUCGCGGAUCACCAGUCUUUUUUGAGCAUGGCCAUCUUGACACUCCACGUACUUUCAGCCCAAACUCAUCUAUUGCCUUGAUUGGGAUCCGCGGCACAGGAAAGUCAAGCCUAGCGGUCAUCCUCGCCGCAACAUCUGGACGGCGUUUGAUAGAUGCAGAUCGCUACUUCCACCAGCGUGUGGGAUGUUCCCGUGCUGUUUUCAAGAAAGAGAAUGAAGAUUUUGUAUAUCGGCAACAGGAGACUCGAGUUUUUGAAUCAAUGCUGGCAGACAACCAGGAGGGAUGUGUGAUUGCCUGUGGAGCCGGAUCGAUGGAACGUGACGGUCAAAGGCUUCUUAUAGAAUUUGCCCAGACCCAUCCUGUUAUUCACGUCAUUCGAGAUCCAGAGAGCAUCCAGUCGUAUCUCAAAGCGUGGGAUACACAAAAGGUGCGGCGCUUCUUAGAAAUUUCGGGUCCGAUAUACCGAGGGUGUUCGAACCUCGAAUUCUUCAAUCUUUCAGAGGCUAGAAGCGAUGAUGGGACCCAAGAAACCCCUGAUCUAUCCUCCGCACAUAGAGUGGAACCCAGACUACAUACUCCAAUCCCGUUUCUAACAUUGAAACGAGUCCAGCGGGACUUUCUCCGCUUCAUUGCCUUUAUAACCGGCGACAUCGCAGAACUCAACAGUCAGCAUGCGUCCUUUCCUCUCUCACUGCUGCCUGUAGAAUCUCGAACGUACACAUCCGCAGUGUCAGUACCAUUCUCUAGGGUCUGUGAGAGAGGCAUAGAUAUUGAGCAGCUGGAAUUCACCGCCGAUGCCUUUGAACUCGCAAUUGAUAUAACAGAUUCUUCUGAUCAGUCGGGUCUCGGGUCAAGUCUUGCAGACAGUAUAAGUCAAGCGGUGGCAAUGAUUCGGCGCAAUAUUAUUGUCCCAUUGAUCUACCAUGUGGAAAGCUAUACCACCCCUGCAGAAUCUCUUUCUUCUGGUCAAACCCCCGUGCGAUGUACGGAUGAAAUGUAUCUCAGCCUGGUCCGGCACGGCUUGCGGCUUUCCACUGGGUUUCUCACAGUAGACCUCACCCGCGAUGAUAAUAUGAUCUCCAAGAUCAUCUCCGCAAGUGGGAGAAUCAGAAUCAUCGGCCACUUUGAAGCAUUCCAUGCGUUGUCUGGAGGCUGGGAUGGUGAUGAGUAUAUGAAAAUUUAUGAGCGCGCAAAAAGACUAGGGUGUGAUCUAGUCCGGCUGUGUCAACCCGCGGAAACUCCAGAAGACAACCUGGCGGUCCAGCGGUUUCGUCAUCGCAUUCAAAGCAUGCCUACCGCUAGCCUUUCUCUGAUCGCCUACAACACCGGACCUCUUGGACGCAUGUCUCGCUGCUUCAACCCCAUUCUCUCUCCGGUUACACAUCCAUCCUUAACAGUAGAACUUCCAACUCAUCUACGAUCAUGUAUCACCGCCCGCGAGGCACAGCAAGCACUUUAUAGCUCAUUUGCUUUGGAUCCGAUGCAGUUCUUUGUUUUCGGUGCCAACACGACGUACAGUAUGUCACCUGCUAUGCAUAACACGGCCUUCAGUAUAUGUGGGUUGCCGCACAAAUACUUCAUUCAUCAAUCUCCUACAUUGCGAGGGUUGAACGACCUUGUCGAAAAUCAAUACUUCGGUGGUUCAAGUGUCAGUCUCCCGUACAAAACCGAGUGUAUUCCUCUGCUCCACUCAAUGUCUACACACGCGAGAGCCAUCGGCGCCGUUAAUACCCUCAUUCCGAUCCGAAACCUUGACGACUUGGAUGACACCCGUCUGCAGGAAUCAUCUAUUUUUCUCCAAAAGAGCCGUGCCGGUCCUAUCAAGGGUCUUCAUGGUGACAACACCGAUUGGAUUGGAAUAUGUAAUUGCAUCCGUCGCGGUCUCUCGCCAGCAAAUGCGGUACGCCCGUCAUCGACUGGUCUUGUCAUCGGAUCCGGUGGAAUGGCUCGCGCUGCAAUCUAUUCGAUGAUCCACCUUGGCGUACAAAACAUAUUUGUAUACAACCGCACCCUUGCCAAUGCGGAAAAACUGGCUCACCACUAUAACCGCCAAGAUCUUCACCCUGAAGAAGCCAGCGGGCCUGGCCGUCCCACAAUUCGCAUCCUCGUAUCAUUAUCCAACCCCUGGCCUACAGAGUUCAAACAGCCGACGAUCGUAGUCUCGGGUAUCCCAGCUCACAGCAUUGAUGGCGAGCCCGCGCCCAAUUUCCACGUCCCCACCCAAUGGUUGGAGAGCCCGACGGGUGGUGUUGUGGUCGAUCUGGCUUACAAACCUCUCAACACCCCUCUCAUGAAACAAAUACGAGCCUUAUCCCAUCGUGGCUGGGUAGCACUAGACGGGCUCGAUGUUUUGCCAGAGCAAGGUUUCGCUCAAUUCGAAUUAUUUACUGGUCGACGCGCUCCUCGACGUGUCAUGCGGAGGAUCGUCCUUCAAGAGUACAAAGAUGAGGAGGGAAUUGAUGACCAUGAGUCGAUACAAGAGCGGUUGCAGCAAAUGGAUGGAGAGCCGUCAUGA